AUGGAGACGGGCGGCGCAUCCCGCAAGAACACAGAGACUAAACAAAUGGAAAAAAUCACUCAUCUGGAAGCUCUGAUGUUUAGUGCUGUGCUGGAGAGCUGUGUGGAUCAACUUACAAUUCUUGGAUAUAUCAUGCCAGUUCCACAUAAGGACAAGACAGACAUCAACCAUCAAACAAAAGAAAUGAUUCAGGAGGAGCUGGGUAUUAACUUCCCAGAGCUUACAUCAGCAAAGAGUGGGGAAACAGUUACCUCCACAAAAAACACCGAACAUGAGCAGCAGCAGGGGAAAACUGAAGAUCAGAAAAGCACCCAGCAUUCUUCCAAAAGCCCCAAGAAACACAUCACUCGGGCUCUGGAGAAGCUCAAAAAAAUUUAUGCUGACAGGCAGUAUGCAAGUGAUGUAAUUACAGUCACUAUUAAAAAGAUGGAGGAAUUGGGAACAUUUAGUAGCCUAACAGAUGCUAAUGAGAGAGAGAAGGCAAAAAAGGGCAAGUUUUAUGACAUCCUCAUCAGGGAGGAAAAAGGAAAGAAGGAGAUAAAGGCACUCCAGAAACAGCUGCAAGAUGUCAAGAAACAAACUGGUCAAGACCUUCAGAGCCGAGAUGAUGUUAUUGAUCGCCUCCAAGAUAAGCUUCAAGAGACCACAGCCAAAGUGAACACAGAGAGCUACUACAUGAAGAAAAACACAGAUCUCCAGAUCCAACUAACCCAGAAAAAGUGCAGCAGUGCAGAGAAUGCCCUGGAGAAGGAAAUCCAGAAUUUGAAGAGCAAAAUUGAUGAGGAGAUUCAGCUUCACACGGAGACUGAAAAUUUCCUCAUGCAAGAGUAUCAGAAGGUGAAAGAGAGGCUGGAAUCCUGGAUAGAGAAGUAUAAAAAAGACACUACUGCAAAAGACGAAGAACUGGAUGAUCUAAGAGCAUUAAAGGCAGAGAACUUGGAAACGAUGCAGAGAUUUGCCAAGGAGUGCCUGACAUUCCAGACAACCAUCAUCAUUGACCGGACAGACAAGGAGACCAAGAGGAAACAAAGAGAGCAGGAAGCCCUGGAGCUGAAGAGUGCUGUGAAGGUGCAGGCCUGGUGGAAAGGUACAAUGGUCCGCAGAUUCCUUGGCCCCUACCAGGAGCUUGAGAAAUAUUGGAAGGAACUGUCAGCAGAAAAGGAUACAGGCAAGGAAAAAUCUAGAGCAAAGAAAUAAGUAAACAA